CAUAUACAUAUAUAUAUAUAAAAAAUAUGGGAUUAUUUUCAAAACUAAAAUCACCGGCAUUUGGUGGUAGUACACCUGCGUAUGCUCCUCCUUCUCCUCCCAGACAACCUAAUAACCCAGAUCCCCGUAUCUUACCAAGUGGGUGGAUAUCUCAAUUUGACCCGAGUUCACAAAAGUUCUUCUAUGUGUAUACACCAACAGGAUUACGUCAGUGGGAACAUCCAGCUGAUAAACCAUUCAUGGCUGCUAAUCGUGGAUAUCCAGCACAACAACCUGGUCAAGGCUAUACUCCCCAACCUCAAUAUGGUCAACCUCAGUAUGGUCAACCUCAAUAUGGUGGUCAACCGCAGUAUGUACAACAACCCAUGGGCGCCACAGGCAGUAGAAUGGGUGGUGGUGGUGGUGGAAUGGGUAUGGGCACGAUGGCUGCAAUGGGUGUGGGUGGUGGUCUGAUGGGUUACAUGAUUGGUGAUGCGAUUAGUGAUAGUCACCAGCCCGAUAUUAUCGAAAAUAACUAUUAUGAUAACGAUGGAGGAGGAUUUGAUGAUGGAGGAGGUGGAUUUGAUGAUUUCUAAAACCUAAAGUUUAAAACCAUUGUAAAUAUAAUUCGAUUACAUAAUCUAAAUAAAAAUAAAGUAAAAUCUAUUUUAUUU